CGCAGAGCGAUUUGGUGCUGCCCCGAUCCUUCCGCUCUGAGUCAUCCCCCUAUGUGCUGGCGCGAUUCAGCCAGGGAAAUCAUCCAUCCGCUACAUCUGAGCAGCUCCGCAGUUCAGUAGCCAGAGUGCCAUCCAAGGACCGUUGACCGCAUCACACAGGUAGAGCGGAACGGAGAAGGAAGGCCAUCGCCAGAAACUGACGAUUGAUUCAUGGAAUUCCCUGCGCAGAUGUGUGUGACGUGGCUUCGGAGCUGGAAAUAUCAUGGCCGUGGAGUAAGUGGCCGUGGAGCAAGAGCAUGACGACGGAGGUGAGCCUUUCCGGCAGUGCUGUGGACAGAUUAUCCAUCUGCAGCUCUCGUUUGUUGCUCUUCUCCUCAGGAUUCGCCUGUUGUCACUCUCACGGCCAUACGCGCCCGUGUAGCUGCCCUUCAGGAACAGCUGGAGGAGCUCCAUCGCAAGGUGGCCACAAGCAAUGAGUGCACUGUGCAUUAGAGGCUCUUCAAUUUCUGCGCUUGUGUUGAGCUCGUCAGGUGAAGCGUGUGCUUGCGCUGAAGAGUGUGAUCGAACACUCGUUCCAGACGGACGGCAGCCGCCUACAGGUGAGAGAGCCGCACCAAAUGAGGCACACAGACAAGAUGAACACUUACACAUCGAUUCUUGGCUCUGCUGUCAGGAUGUCCGCGCCCAUUAUGCGGGCCUUAGCGAGGCACUCACGAAGAUUGCAAAUGGCGACAGACGCGAGAGCGAGGUUCUUUCUCUCGUCCGUCAAGCGUUCACCCAAUGCGACGCGAUAUCUGCCAUCUCAUGGGCACCGGUAUACAGACUCGCAAGACACUGCGCGGGGCAGCUUCAUCCUGACACUUUUUGUCUCUCUGUCUGUCUGUCUGUCUGUCUGUCUGUCUGUGUAUGCAGGACUUCUUCGUCUGCCCUCUCCUGACCCUCCCCGAGCCGUGCAUCACCAGCUACAUUGGUCCCUUCCUCGGCACACAGUCCAUCGUCGGCAGCCUCUCCCGCACCCACACAUCCCUCCACGCCCUCUCCCACAACCCCGCCAUACACACCAACAUGCACCUGCAGACGGACGAGUACCCCGGAAUCGUGAUUACCAAGCAGCAGAUCGCGGCGUGGGGCACGGCAUUGAGCAAGGUCACGCGGGCCACCGUCCUGUGUUGGCCGACUAGUGCGGUGUUGGAGCUGCUGGAGCGCGCGAGCAACGUUCUGGAAGAGCUCUACGCCUCGGAGCCCUGGGAAACUCCUAGUCACCUCGCCGCGCCACUCGCUGACAGGGGACUGAGAGAAGACAGAAUCGUCUUCCCGAAGCUCAUCCGGGCUGAGGUGGCCGGCGAGUGGAUUACUGUUGCCCACAGACGCAACUGGGAACCAACGUAAGAAUCGAGGACAGCAUGGACGCACACUCCGACCCCACGUUUCUGUCUUGUUCCUUCCAUCACUGGCCUUCAGGGCUCCGAAGGACCUCAGUGUUCGCCGCGUGGAGUCAUGGUCGCAUGUGGUCGGCACAGGAGCGUGGUUGGCAGGGCCAGGGCCGCACAGUUUGACCUUGAAGGCGCGCUUUGCACACGGGGUGGAGUUCGACAUGGUGCGCAACCUCUUGUGGACACGUUUUAGGUGAGGGGAAGGAAGAAUGUAUGUGUACUUAUCUGUGCCUCUAUGCAUUCAGGAGACUGGUGGGGGUAGGUGUGGAUUUGAAAUUGCAUCGACGUGAGGCGAUCAGGAACCCGCCACUGACAGCCGACAUGACACUCGCUGGGGUGCCUUACGGAGAUCCCAGAUCGGCCGAUAUUCGUCGUCUUUCCGCGUAUGCAAAGACCCCCUUCCAGCAGAGGACAGGAGAGGCCAUGCAGCUGGAGGAGCUUGGCGUCGUGGUUAACGAGAUCCAUGAUACAAUGCUUGCCGUAAGCGCGAAACAACGCCAGCACUCUCAUAGUCCAAAGACACCAGCACUCUCAAAAUGUGCCUUCUGCUGCUGCUGCUGCUGCUGUGUGUCAGGCCGUGCAGGUGCUCCGGUCCAGGCAGUUGGCGCCUCGUGGGAAGGUCACCUUCGACGUCAUGCCAAGCGUCGAAUUCCACACCAUGGACAUCCUACGUUACCUGGAGGCCGACCCGUCCAGUGCUGACACCCUCACUGAGCUCGCCCUUUGCGUCAAGUCUGUCGCCCUUCCUUCAGGGCUGGCACAAGGCCAGACCGUCUCAUCUGCUGCGCCCUAUUGCCUGCCCCAGCUGGUGUUCUCGCGUGCCACCCAGCUAGAGCUGCAGGGGUGCGGGGCUGCCUCUGAGCCACUACCCGCCUAUUUUCUAGAGCACAUAUGUGAUCGCCACUUCCCUCGCAUCACCACACUCGACCUGGGAAAGGUAGAGGGGGCCAGAGAGGAGGCAGCCAGGAAGGCCGUAGACCUGCCGUCGCUCAGAGAGGUGCGUUUUGAGACGAAUCGAUCGCCGCUGUGCCUGAGAGGGUGCCAGAAGGGGCUCCCUCUUGUCCAUGUCAAGGGCUCCUACCGUGCGAGUGGUGCUGGUGUGUGGUCGCUGUGGGAGGGCGGGGAUGAGGGCGCUGAGGACGGGCAUCAGCGAGGCCUAGAGAAGCGCAUACGCAAGAUCACUAUCACUGUCAGACAUCCUGAGGAAGAGCCAGAGGGGGCGCUGCCAGGUGUAGCUCAGGCUAUCUUGCCGGUCUGCCUGCGGGCGAUCGACAGGUGCCCCUUCCUCGACUGCAUCACUAUCUCUCACCCUCAUCGCCAGUUAAGCCCACUCGUCCCUGAGUCAGCCAGGAAGGAGCUACAGUCACGCGGCUUUGUGGCAGUGAGGACACUCAAUAUCUGGAUGCUGUGUCGCGUGCGUGACUGUGUCGCGCACGGGACACAGCGGACAACAGAGGUGUCUGUGUGUGCCGUGUUGAUGCCUCGCAUGGCAUUGGACGACAGUGUGUCUCUGAAGGAGGAAGGGCUGCUGCAAGUGCAUCCACUUGCGGCCCGGUACCUCGAGCCAGAGAUGCGAGAGGAGUUGACAGAAUUUGUAAGCGACAUAUACCGGAAUAGAUGGAAUAGACGAAGAUGGUGGCGCAAUUUAAGGGACGGGCUGGUGGGGGUGGAUGGAUUGAGGGAUGCAGGUUUGGCUGGCCAGUGAGACAGACGUCCAUGUGUGUAUGCAUGACAUUAAUGUCAUGAGACACUGCUUUUGUACAGACAGAAAUAGUAAAGACGACUUUCUGCAAUGAUGUUCACUGCCCG